AUGGCCACGAGCGAAACUACACUCUUUGUGACUGUUCCUCUAGAUUCCUUACCGACCAGCGAACCUUCCUCAUCCGACCCUCUUGUCAUGAGGGUGGCUUACGGUAUCAUCGGUACGGUGGGAAUCUUAAGUAACGGUUUAGUCAUCUAUGUUCUUAUCCGUGUCUCGCAGACUAGGCAAGUCAUUAACAUGUUCAUCAUCAACCAAUCUCUUAUUGACAUGUUCACAUCGUUGAUGUUAAUCCUGUGUUACGUCCUGCCCGUGGUGCAGUUUCCCUCUCCUACUCUAUCCGAGUCCUUCGGGCGGUUCGUCUGCGUCUUCUGGUACUCAAAAUAUCCGUGUUGGGGAUCCAUCAUUGCAUCUACUGCCAACCUGGUUUGCCUGACGAUGGAACGAUACAUGGCCGUUAUUUCCCCACUGAGAUACCAGAAACUCUUCCGCUGGCCUCGGUCAGUCUGGCUUGCUAUCCUUCCAUGGCUCGUGGGUUACACGUAUCAGACUUACUGGAUCUUCAUGCAUACUAUCGACCCUGACACAGGCAAAUGUGGUAUUCGAACCAGCAAGGAGGUACAAAUUGCCGCAGGUGUCACAGCAUUCGUAACUCAGUACUUCUUCCCGCUCUCUCUAAUGACAUUUGUGUAUAUCCGGAUCGCAAAGUCUCUCAAUCACCGUGUAGAGCCGAUGGUCUCAGGAGAGAGUAGUCGGCCUGUCAGUACCCUCAGUCCGUCACAAGUCGGUAACGCCUGGGAACCUGUAUCUAAUGAUCGUGUACCGACAAUGCUGCCUAACUUUCGGGGCCGAGCCCGUCGAAACGUGAUCAAGACUUUAGUGUUAGUCUGCGUAGCUUUCUUUGUCUGUUGGACACCGAAUCAGGUUUGUUAUCUCAUCUUCAACACUGCACAGGACAUCGACAAGAAGAGUCCAAUGUUUCGCCUCACCAUCAUUCUUGCGUUUUGUAACAUGAUCGUCAACCCGUUCAUUUACGCUUUCAAAUACCGUGUCUUCAGGCAUGGCCUUCUCGAGAUAGUACCUUGUUUACGACUCGCUCUGCAAAGCACGGCAGACACGUCGAUUCGUCUUGAAGUACCAAAUCAAAGGAGUGUGAUGGUACGAACUGAUGACUCUCGUGUAAGCAAAACUGUGAAAUCAAAAUGA